AACAGUCAUGGUAAGACGUGGGGAGAAGAGGGGUAUUUUAGAAUUAAGAGAAAUAUCAACUCAUGUGGUAUCGAGGAAGACAUGGCGGCAGUAGUGAUAGAAGGAAGGCACAUGAAGAAAACAAUAGCUCCAAAUGGAUGUCCUCUUGAUAGACCUUACCUGUGUGAGGAUAUUUACACUUGUACCGCGCAGACUGAAUGUACCACUGCUAUGGAGGAAGAAGAAGAAGAAGAAGAAGAAGAAAAGGAAGAAGAAGAAGAAGAAGGACCUGCCGCUCUGAUCAAUUCUGGUGCAUCCUCAAUGCAAAGACCUGGAAUCCCAAGCAGUUCUUCCUCCAGAUCUAGUUCUUCCUCCUCAGGCUCAAGGCCGGGUAUUCCAAGCAGAGGGUCCAUGUCAUCUAGCGGGGGAUCUAAAUCAGGUGCAAUAUCAGCAGCAGAUGCAAUGCGGAUGCAACAACAAAUAGCGAAUUCUAGAGGCAAGAGUGGACUUCCAAGCAGCAGUUCCUCCUCAGGCUCAAGACCUGGAAUCCCAAGCAGUUCCUCCUCCAGAUCUAGUUCUUCCUCCUCAGGCUCAAGGCCGGGUAUUCCAAGCAGAGGGUCCAUGUCAUCUAGCGGGGGAUCUAAAUCAGGAGCAAUAUCAGCAGCAGAAGCAAUGCGGAUGCAACAACAAAUAGCAAAUUCUAGAGGCAAGAGUGGACUUCCAAGCAGCUCUUCCUCAUCAGGCUCAAGACCUGGAAUCCCAAGCAGUUCUUCCUCCAGAUCUAGUUCUUCCUCCUCAGGCUCAAGGCCGGGUAUUCCAGGCAGAGGGUCCAUGUCAUCUAGCGGGGGAUCUAAAUCAGGAGCGAUAUCAGCAGUAGAAGCAAUGCGGAUGCAACAACAAAUAGCAAUGUCUAGAGGCAGAAGUGGACUUCCAAGACGAAAUAAGAAGCGACACAACAUUCAAAAGGCGAAAAAAACAAGAUCAAGGUCCAAACGUGCAGCCUGUGCAGACCGAUUGGGAGCAGCUAAGUGUGCUGCGCUCAUAGCCAGAGGAGCAGAUGUCUGUGGUGGUUUCUAUUUACCAAUGUGUCUUUGGACUUGCGAUAAAUGUGAAAAUGCUGUCGUGAAAGAGAAGAAAGGCUCCGAAAAGAUCGGAGAAUGUAUACCUCCUUACAUACCUUAUGGAAAGGUUUUGAACAAGAAUAAAAUCAUGAAAGCCAAUGAAGAAUUAGAGGUGGAGUGCCAACCUGGGUAUACUCUAGUCGGAACAACCAACAAAUGUCUGAUUCAAGAUAUCUUUACUAAUGAUGAUAAAGAUGCUAGACUACUACCAGAAUGUAUCAAGCUCGGUGAAGAUGUUCUUAUUGGCGAUGGUUCGACUUACAAAGGGACAAAGAAGUCUUACAAUUACCAUGGCAGAUGGUUUGAAUGUGAUAGCUGGAACUACGAUGUCUUCCGAGGUGUUCUGAUGGGCGAAAAAAAGGCCAUGGAAUUUCUUUUGGGAAAUCACAAUUAUUGCAGGAAUCCCGGUGGAAUGGAGCCAGUACCGUUCUGCAUUGGAAGCGCACGUGGUCUCGGAGAAAUAGUCUACUGUUUCGAGCACCCUGGUUGUGAUACAUGCAAGGGAGCUGUUAACAAAUACGAAGCUUCGUACUGUGAAUCACAGAAGAGGUUCUGCAAGUACGGAGACAGAACCACCAAGGCUAGAGUAUCCUUUACGUUGGAUGUUUGCCAGGCUACCUGUUGUGCUGAAAACCAGUGCUCUCUGACAUAAGAUAUUCUGCACGUGCGCUGGAGUGUGACUUUACUGCGAAUAAAGACGACGAUUAAAGAAGUGACGAUAUGAACUUGCAAAAUGGAAAUUGUAAAGAGGACUUGCAAUUAUUAUUGGUCCGUAUGAAAAAAAGCCCGAAAUGUGUGUUGACUCGCAUAUAGAAAUAAAAUGACUGAGCAUGAUUCAUCGUAUGAAGUUUAAAGAUUAGUAUUUGUCAUCAACUAGCGUUUUGAAAAUUUGCGCUCUUUCGCAAGAAAAACAUAAUCACUUUUUGAAAAUCGGAAACCAAUUAACGAUCAAUUACAGGAAAUAAGUUUCGGUAAUUUAUCGUUAAUUGGUUUUUGCAAUUUUCAAAAAGUAGGUCUGUUUUGACAAUUGGUCUUUAUGUUUCACAUUUUUAUAUAAUAUAUUUCGUAACCCUAAUACUAUGCCGGACCCUCAAUUCAGUUUAAAGAUUUUUUCGCAAAUAUUCUGAUACAUCGUUUGACAGUGUUACAGUCGAACAAAAACUCUGUAUUGAUUACUCAACUAUAUUUAAUGUAGACCGAGGAGUCCUAACUCUACGUGGGUCCUGAGAUGACGUUUUUCUUGUUUAAAUAAAUAUAAUGUUGACAACUCCAAUUUCAUACUUUUUAACUUCUAAUAUUAAAUUAUUAUUUUGAAAAGUUUUUCGAUUAUCACGAGCUAUUCCUUUUCAUAAUUAAUUAAUUAAUCAAUUAAUUACAUAAUUAUGUUAAAGAGUUGAUAAAUUUUCGGCUUUAAGUGACCUGUUCUAUGUUGUUGAUAUGACAUUGGGGUUGUUCGGGUUAUUAUUUCAUAUUUUGAUACGAAAAGUUUUUAAGAUUAUCAAGCGCUAUUCCUUUUCAUAAUUAAUUAAUUAAUUAAUUACAUAAUUAUGUUAAAGAGUUGAUAAAUUUUCGGCUUUAAGUGACCUAUCCUAUGUUGUUGAUAUGGCAUUGGAGUUGUUCAAGUUUCUACAUAUUGUAUUGGUUAACAAAAAAACCGCUUUGAAUAUCUAUAUAGAUUAAAUGAUUGAAGGAUGUUUGAUACGAACAAUUUUUUACGAUUAUCACGAGCUACUCCUUUACAUAAUUAAUAAAUUAAUCAAUUAAAUAAUUAUGUUGAUAAUUAUGUUGAUAGAGUUGAUACAUUUUUGGCUUUAAGUGACCUCAUGUCCAAUGUUGUUGAUAUGGCAUUGUAUUGGAGUUGUUCGGGUUUCUACUCUGAAUAUCUAUAUAGAUUAAAUUUAAAGGAUUGAAGGAUGUUUGGCCCAUGUUUGGCCCAUGUUUGGUCCAUGUUUGGCCCAUGUUUGACUCGUGUUUGGCCUAUUUUUGACCCAUCAUGUUUAGCCAUAAGAAUAUAUAAAUAUCAGUUGAUCAUCAUUUUUACCGCUA